ACGCAGCGUCAAAAUCAAAAGCGUCAAGUUGAAAAAAACACCCCAAUUUCCGUCAACAAACCCUGAAAACUGGAGUAAAGUGAUUUCCCCAUGAAAAUGCUCAGUGAUUAUGAAUUGUUCAGGCAGCUGUGUCACAAACGCAAGAUCACGGUGCAGCCGGACAUUCUGGGGGCUGUGGAAAGCGCAAGUUCAACCGGAAUUCUCCGUCUCCCCUGUCAAUCGAUAGUCCUCCCAGUCUGCGAGAUUCUGGGUCGAGUGCUCUCCUCCUCCUCGACAGUCCGCUCCCUGGACCUGAGCGACUGCAUGCUGAUCUCCAAGGGCCUCAGCCGGAUCCUGGAGGCCCUCACCUCGGGCUCGACCCUCACCACCCUCAACCUGAAGGGCAACAACAUCGCAGGCCCCAUCGUCUCCCAGCUGGGUGAGAUAUUCCACCGAAACCACACCCUCAGGACCCUGAACAUCGAGUGGAACAGCCUGGGAACGGACACCGAGUGCUUCACCGCCUUCUGCGAGGGUCUCUCCUCCAACAACAGCCUCGAGGAGCUCGACCUGCGUUACAACCAGAUCUCCCCGCUGUGCGCCGAGGCCCUCAGCAAGCUCCUCACACGAAACAAAUCCCUGAAGAUCCUGAACCUGGGGCGGAACAACCUCGGGGUGCAGGGGGGUCAGGCGAUCCUCACCUCCAUGAGGGAGAACACCAGCCUGAUCAAGCUGAACCUGCGGGGCAACUGCAUCCCCGAGGAGAUCCUCGCGAUGAUCGAGGACCUGACCCUCAAGAACCAGAGCCGAGAGAUCCAGUCGCUCUCGAACAUCUCCAGGAGCCUCCAGGGCCACAGGCUCCUGGUCCUCCACGAGAAUCGCCAGAUGUACUCGACGAGUGAUGAAUCAGUGGAGAAGGACGUUGUCCUGAAGAAGAAGAAAGUGAAGCAGAAGAGCAGAAUACCUGGCUGGAGGGGAGAGUCGACACCUUUGAGGAACCAUCAGGACCCUGAACCCCCUGACGACGACUUCAACGAGUCGAUCCUCUCCCUGAACAUCAUCGGGGAGCAGUCGAGGCCUUCUGAAUCCGGAAAUCGCCCCCUGGAGGUUCCCACGAACAAACACGACUCAGAGGUCUCCAAGAUCGCUGAGUUGAACAGAAUUCUCCAGGAGCGAUCGGCUGUGAUCAGCACCCUGAUGAAGGAGAUCGCCACCAAGAAUGAGGAGAUGAAGGGAGUGAAGUCGUUGGUGCACCAGCUGGAGGAGGAGGCGCUCCAGGCGAAGACGAACAGCGAGAGGGCAAUUGAGGAGAAGGUGAGGGAGAUCGAGGGGAUGAGGGAGAGCCAGAGGGCGAGCGAGGAGGCCUGGAGGAAGGUGCAGAGGCAGCUGGAGGAGAAUCAGAAGGACCUUGAGGAGAGGAGCAGAGAGUGGGAGGGGAAGGCGAGGAGGUACGAGGGGGAUGUGCAGAGGAGUUCAGCAGCACUCGUGGGGCUGAGGGAGAGGUUCUUGAGCAAGUCUCAGCAGUAUGAGGAGGUCAUAGCGAAUUGUAAGACUGAGGUUCACAGGGUGAAGGGGGAGCUGAGGGAGAGGGUGAACAGACACAAGAUUGAGAUUAACGUCCUGAAGAGGACGUUGAAGGAGACGACAGAGGCUCUCGAGGAGUGCCAGCUGCAGCUGCAGAAGAGCAGGGCGGAGCUGAGGGAGGUGCAGAAUAAUUUUUCUGGUGUUAUGGCGAGGAUUGGGGAGAUGGAGGGGGUGAGUGGGAAGUACCUGAGGUUGGAGGAGGCUUUUCAGAAGCUGAAGGAGGAGAAGAUCGUGGUUGAGGAGAAGUUCACUGAGUCCCAGAGGACAAUAGCGAGCUUGAAGAGGCAGGUGGGGUCGCUGGAGACUGAGUUGAUCGAGCCUCAGAGGAGGCACAAUCUGCUGAAGGAGGAGUUGGAGACUGAGAGGGAGAAGACUGCGAGGCUGAAGGAGGAGUUGGCGGGGGAGAGGACGAGGCUGAAGGAGCAGGACUGCCAGGUGCAGAAGAUGUGCCAGCAGAUCAGUGGGCUCAAUGAGCAGAUGAGUGAGGCUCAGAGGGGGCAUGCUGAGGAGAUCAGGGAGAGGGAGAGGGAGAGGAAGCAGUUGAAGGAGAUCAUCGCCAGCAAGGAUCGAGACUUGAGGGAGCUCAGGGCUGAGGAGGCUCAGAGGGCUGGACAGCUUUAUGCUGCUUUCACCAAGUAUCUUGGGUCCAUUGGAUCCACUGCGCCAUUGUGAUGUUCAGGAGCACUUGUAAAUAUGGUUUUUGUCAUUAUUUAUUGGUAUUUGUAGCUUAUUUAUUGGAAAU